AUGUGCGACAUAGGGGGUCUCGACAACCUGGUGGCCAACACGGCCUACCUGAAGGCCCAGGGGGGCGACGACAAAGAGAUGAAGAAGCGUCGGAGGAGCCUGUCCCUGCCGCAGAGCGCCCAGUGUGCCGCCGUCCGCGGCAAAGUGGAGGUCAACUUCGAGUCGCUCUGCGAGCAGCAGCCCGUCGGCAAGAAGUUCUUCCGCAAGUUUGUCGCCGCCAACCCCGCGCACAGCCUGGCCACCGACUUCCUGGACGAGCUGAACAACUGGGAGCUGGCGGAGGGCGCCACCAAGGACAAGACCCGGCAGAACAUCAUCAACAAGUUCUGCAAGGCCGACUCCAAGAACUUCCUGUCGUUCCUCAGCGGCGAGGCGGCGGAUAAGUGCAAGGCCGUCACGGACAAGGACUUCCCGGAGGUGAUGACGAAGGUGAAGGAAGGGACCCGGGAAUUCCUCAAGGGGAAGCCCUUCCAGGAGUACCAGACCAGCCCUUUCUUCGACAAGUUCCUGCAGUGGAAGCAGUUCGAGAGGCAGCCCAUUACCGACAAAUACUUCUACGAGUUCAGGACUCUCGGAAAGGGCGGGUUCGGAGAGGUGUGUGCCGUGCAGGUGAAGAACACGGGGCAGAUGUACGCCUGUAAGAAGCUGGAGAAGAAGAGGUUGAAGAAGAAGCACGGGCAGAAGAUGGCCCUGCUGGAGAAGCAGAUUCUGGAGAAGGUCAACAGCCCGUUCAUCGUGAGCCUGGCGUACGCCUACGAGACCAAGACCCACCUGUGCCUGUGCAUGACGCUGAUGAACGGCGGGGACCUGCGCUACCACAUCUACAACAUCGGCGAGAAGGGCAUCGAGAUGAAGCGCAUCAUCUACUACGCGGCCCAGAUCACCACUGGCAUCCUGGAGCUCCACGCCAUGGACAUUGUCUACCGCGACAUGAAGCCGGAGAACGUUCUGCUGGACAGCGUGGGUCAGUGUCGGCUCUCCGACCUGGGGCUCGCCGUGAUGCUGCCCAGCGGGAAGACCAGCACCCAGAGGGCAGGAACGGGGGCGUACAUGGCUCCGGAGAUCCUGAACGAAACCCCUUACCGCUGCUCAGUGGACUGGUGGGCUCUGGGGUGCAGUAUUUACGAGAUGGUGGCGGCCUACACGCCCUUCAAGGGUCCCGUCGAUCCCAAGAAGGACAAGAUGGCCAAGGAAGAGGUGCAGAGGCGCAUCCUCGAGGAGGAGGUCAAGUUCGACCACAAGAACUUUGACGCGGCCACCAAGGACAUCAUCACCCAGUUCCUCAAGAAGAACAUUAAUGAACGCCUGGGCUGCAAGAACGAUGACCCCAGAAAACACGAGUGGUUCAAGUCCAUCAACUUCGCCCGUCUAGAGGCGGGGCUGAUCGACCCCCCAUGGGUCCCCAAGCCCAACGUGGUCUACGCCAAGGACACGGACGACAUCGCCGAGUUCUCAGACAUCAAGGGCAUCGAGCUUGACGCCAAGGACGAGAAAUUCCACCAGGAGUUCAGCACGGGCGCCAUUUCAAUCCCCUGGCAACAAGAGAUGAUUGAGACCAAACUCUUUGAUGAGCUCAACGACCCCAACCGGAAGGAGUCUGCUGCCGGUAUGGAUCCUGACGCAAAAUCCAGCACCUGCAUCGUGCUGUGAAGGACUGAUGAAACCUCACGUCCAGAAUAAAGAUCCUUCUGGAAAUCACUGCAAUAUCACACCUGCAAUGGUUUAAUAACCCUUUUAAGGUUAGAGAUCACGCAAUACGUCAGCAGAAUGUUCUUCACUGAACAUUCAGGAAUGCCGAUGUAACAAUCACUACCGGUAACUGAAAGCAACAGGGUUCUAGAAUACUGACGUAGAAUUUUGGAGAAAAUAGAAACACACAUUCCAAAAAAAAGAAGCUACUCUGCAAAGGAAUGUAUAAUUCUUAAAUUGGAGAAGUGCAAUGGAGGCUUCAAAAGCCCCUCUGUGGGAAAGGGAGGUGGGAGUGUUUGGGAGGUGGGAGUGUUUGGGAACCUGUUUAGGCAUCGGAGAUGGGCAUCGAGAGCCCCAGACAUGCAGUAAGACACAUUGAAUGAUGACGUAUCGGAACUAUCCAAGAUACCACAGCUUUAUUGGAAACCUCCCACCAUGCAGUGUCCCCAUAGAGAGAAAAUAAACAUUAGCGUGGACAUAGUCUUAGUGUAUGUCCUCCCAAGUGUAAGCCAGCCACUUCAAAAAAAUGUAUCCUCCUUCCCUCCACUACCACCAUAGUGUGUCCUGUCCUGAAGUAGGGGGUGAGGAGAAGAAAGGAGGAAAGGAGGAUAAUUUUUUAAAGAAUUAGGACACACCCAUGGUGUUCUUCCCAGGGCCUGACAUUGUCCCAUUCUCACACAAAACCAGGGUUGAUAGUGAACGAGCAUCAUUGAAAGAGGAGUGUGGAGGAAGGUUCUGUUUGUUUGUUUGUUUGUUUGUUUGUUUCUAUUCUGUUCUAGCUUUAAAUCUGGCAAAACACCACCACGUUACAUAAAUUAAAUCAAUGUAUAUGUUUUUUUACAGGAUAUACAGCUAUUUCUUUUUUUUUACAAAAGUGCGAUGAAAUGUAUCAAUAUCCUGUUUACUACAUUGACACAUGUGCUUUGAUUUGAACUAGACUAGAAUUACAUGCAAACCUCUCAGUUAAUAAACCUCUUAUGGUUGUAUCUUUACCUCUACUUCAGUAGUUGUGGGUCAUGCUCUCUGUCUGGGUCUCCAUAUUGCAUUCAUCCAACAGUUGGCUUUAAUUUUAUAAAUAUGUACAUGUAUGCAUCAAUUUGUAAAAAAGAAUAAUAAUAAUAAUCUUAUAGAUGGAGUUAAUUCAUAAUGACUAUUUUUAUUUAUCUAAUCUGAAAAGUUGUUUCUCUGUAAACCCCAAACGAAAAAUGGGCUCCUCUUUUUGUAAUCUAAAAUGGAUGCCAGGGCAUCAAUUGGACAUAUCUGGGCAGGGGUCAUGCCAGCAGUUGUACAAGGUGUACAAGGUGAACAGGGUUGGGGCAGUUUGAACCAGUGAUUAACAGUGCACCCCAAAUUCUGAUUUGUUGUGAGUUCCAGAGAAACUGCCAUAUGCAUCCUGGAGAAAGGAACAACGACCAUUUUCCCUAAACAAAUCCAGCUGUACCCACGGGUUUGAGAAUGUACAAAGUAUAAAAUUGUAAAAAAAAGAAAUUGUAUGUUUUGUUUAAUCAGUAAUUGCAAUCAUGUUUUCUGAAGGGCUUAGCUAGGUAUUAUUUGUUAUUUGCACAAUAUUAAACAAUACUCUGCAAAUUGUUAUUAUAGUCUCCAGUUUCUACAGUGUAAAUAAUCCGUCAGUGUGUCUGUAUGCUUGCUGUAGGAAUGGCAUUAAUUCACCAUGGAUGGACUUGCUUGAAACAUGAACACAUCUGAACCAAUAAAAUAUUUAUUUUAAAACA